UAAGUCAGUGAGCUCAGAGAGCUGAGAGUUGAGCUGAAAGGAUUUGGGGCUGGGUUGUAUAAUACAUAUCAUGAGCAAGCUGAAAUCAUGAGGAAGUUGGUCAUGGGGAGAGUUUCAGAGAGAGGCAGAGAUACCUAAAAGAAGAGCAGAGAAAGUGAUGCCUUAGAGAUUCCUAACGGGGUAUUGAUUCCAGACCAUGUGUGCUCUUGUCAUUUCAAGAUUCCAUGGAUCUGCAUGUCUCUGACUGAAUCAGCUUUGACAAGCAAACCAGUCUAUUUUCUUUGCCUUAUAUCAGUCCCCACAAGUUCCAGCUGCACCAGAGACUGUGAGAGGGUUUUUGGGUCAGUCGGUGACCUUGCCCUGUAAGUACUCAUCCUGGUCUGAAAACAGCAACAGCAUGUGCUGGGGCAAGGGCCCGUGUCCCAAAUCCAAGUGCAACAAUGAGCUUCUCCACACUGAUGGGAUGACGGUGUUGUCCAGGAAGUCAUCAAAAUAUGAACUUCAGGGCAAUAUCCGACAAGGCAAUGUCUCCUUGACCAUCUUGAACACCAACGAAGGUGACAACAGUGUAUACUGCUGCCGCAUAGAGGUCCCUGGCUGGUUCAAUGACGUGAAAAAGAACAUUCGCCUGCAGCUGAGGAGAGCUCCAACAACCAAGCGCCCAACAACCACUACUGCCAUGACGACAACCAUAGCUGUGCUUCCAACAACAGCUGUGACUACACCUGAACUCACAACCAGAACACCACUUCAGACUACCCUCACAGCUGUGGCAACCACAUGCCCCCCAACAAUAUCAACCUUUCUUCCUGAAGCAACCCUGGUUCUUGAGACCACUGAGCCUUCAAUGGGAGCACCCACCUUCACUACAGAAUCAGAAAGUUUCUUUCUCUCCAGUGACUCUGAGAGAAGCACCGAGGUGACCUCUGGAAACAUUGCCUUGCUUACAUCCAGAGAAUCUGAAGGUUGGGGUCUCCAGUCAACAUCCCAGACAUCAAUGUGGGAAAUGAGUGAGUCAGUGACUUUUCUUCAGCCAAGAGAAUCUGAGACAGCAAUGGUUGUGCAGAAUGAAGCUCAAUCAGAAGAGGUAAAAAUGGUCAUCAACCCUGACCUGCUAAUGAUCAUUGCUCCCUCCGUGGGAUUUGUGCUGUUGGUGUUGCUUGUGGCAUUUUUCCUUCGAGGGAAAGUCAUGAAAACCAAUUGUUUCCAGAAACACACAAGGCUUGACAAUGUUGGAGAGUGUAAAAACACCUCUGAAGAUAUGCAGCAAGGAGGGGAAGUUGAAGAUGGUCUUUUCACACUCUAACGGGCCACCUUUUCUUAGGAUUGAGGAUGGGGGCAUCAUGUGGGAAUUGUCAAAAUAAGUCCUAGAAUGUUUUGUUUUUAAAGCCCCAUCUAUUCCAUUGGUGUCAUCCAUUCAGUCUCGCAUUAAUUUCACAAGUGCAAGGUAUUUUAGAGACCAAACCUUCCCUGCCAGGUGCUUUAAUCUCCUCUGUAGCAUCAGGCUAAGGGAUCUUCCAGACUAUGCUUGAAUAAUUUCAGUGAUGGUGAGCUCACUACCACACCUAAAGGAGAUCAUUCAAUCUCAGGGCAGUUCUGAGACAGAAAUAUUUAAAACAAAGCUGUCUCCAGAAAGCACCUGCCUGGCAGUCCUAGUUGAAUUUACUGUGUUUACCCAGAACAUGUAUAAUCUCUCUCCUCUCUGGCAGCGCUCCAGAUAUUGGAAGGAGAGCUUCAUGUCUCUCCAAAGUACCUUGCUCCUGGGACAUGAUUUCUAGUCCCUUCUCUACUCUAGUUGCCUUUGCCUUGUAUGCAUUUGUAUCUCUCUCUUUAUGCCCAGCUUACGGAGUUCAGUGCCCCACUCCAGGUAUGGUAUGAGCAGCCCUGGGUCUCAUCAAUAAUUCAGGAAGUAAUGUGGAACCACACCAUAAUUUCGGCUCACCCCCUGUUUUGUUUUGUUUUUUUAAAGAGAAGAUUCUCCCUUAAGGAGUGCUCUGCAGUGGUGGGUGUGUGGUCGCACAGAGUCAGGAGUUUCCUGCAACAGGAGGCAAAGGUCCAGGUGGAGGUGGUUGUCAGAGACCUCAUUUAAGCUGGAAUUUCCCUGGACUCGUACAGCAACUUCCAAGCUGCCUCCCAAUCUAUACCCCUUCCCUUCUCGAUUGGUUCUCCAUGCUGUGGCAGAGAUAUCCUUUUCUAAAUACAGAUCGUAGAUUCCUG